UGUUCAACAAAAUGUGGACAAGACUUCUUCUGAUCGUUCUUGUGAUUGCAAUCAUCUCUGCAGCUGCCCAAAAAUGCGGCAGUGAUGACGACUGCGGCUUUUUCUACAAGUGCAGAUAUGGUUACCCCCACGGAAUAUGCGUUUCAGUUUGCAUAUUCCGUGGAAUAUGCCCGUUUUAAAUAUAUUUAAGCGUUCGAGUUAAAUGAAUUAUUCUGGCAAUCG